AUGACAUGCGAUUCAUUUGCCUCCAAUUUUGAUGGAAUUGAAGUGGAUCCGGAGAAUAUUCGAUUUCUGAAAACACCGGAUGAAUUUUACAAUACUUUGAUUGUAAGUUUGUCAAGCUCUUUUCAUUAUUUAUUUUAGGAUAAAGUUGGUAAUGCUCAAAAUCGAAUAUAUAUGUCCGCAUUAUAUUUAGGGACUGGAGAUUUAGAGAAAAAGUUGGUAAGCAAGACUGUGAAAUAUGAAAUACGAUUUUAGGUAACAAAAUUAGAAAGCUGUUUGAAUUCAAAAGAAGAUAUAACAAUAAAGUUGCUGUUUGACUACUUGCGAGGAACAAGAGGCGGAGAAAAGAGUUCAGCCGGGAUUCUUCGGCAUCUGGCGGAUCGGUUGGAAGUAAGUGUUCUUUAUGCAUCAGUGUUAUCUUUUUAGGCUUACUUCUUCCAUACACCCGAUCUUCGGGGGGUUUCCAAGAAGUACUUGCCCGAAAGAGUUAAUGAGAUUGUUGGAUUACAACAUAUGAAGUUCUUUAUUUUCGAUGAUUCAAUUAUAAUAUCAGGUGCCAACCUCUCUGAAACUUACUUUACCAAUAGACAAGAUCGAUACGUUGUUAUUGAAAAUUCUCCCAAAUUAGUUGAUUUUUUUGUUGCCUUGUUCGAUGCUGUGUCGUCUUGUUCUUUCCAGUUGUCUGCAGAGGGAAAACUUGAACCGAAGUGUAACUGUCAUCCUUUUAAAGGUGAGUAUUGCUCUUUGAUACAAUAAGUGUUUAGGAGACAUAAAUGAAUAUCGAGAGCGCUUUUUGUCCAAGACAAACGAAGUUUUGACAGUCUUGAAGAAGAAAAAGGUAGAAACGGAUACUUUUGUCUUCCCAAUCAUCCAAAUGGGGUCAUUUGGCAUAAGACAAGAAGAAGACCUGAUAAAAAAUAUAUUUAAGCGUCAAGAUGAGGACAUAGAAGUAACAUUAGCAAGUGGUUACCUUAAUCUCUAUGAUGAAUAUCAAGAUUUAAUCCUCAGAAACUCUAAUUUCCCGGUUGAUAUUGUUUUUGCGUCCCCUGAGGUGAGAAUUAUAUAAUUUUUUAACUGUUUGUGUUUAGGCUAACGGGUUUUAUCAAGCAGAAGGAUUCUCAGGCUAUAUCCCAGCUCUGUAUGUAUACAUAUCUGAUCUCCUAAAUAAGAAAAUCAAUGCCUUGGGAAAGAAGAUACGGUUGUUGGAAUACCAGAGACCAGGAUGGUCAUUUCAUGCCAAAGGAAUCUGGAUAAAUUGGAAGGAUAAUUACGUGGCCACUGUCAUCGGGUCUUCUAAUUACGGAUACCGAAGUACCAUACGAGAUCUCGAAGCUCAAAUUAUGAUCGUUACCAAGAAUGAAGUCUUAAAGCAGAGGAUAAAUGAAGAAAAGAAUAUGAUGUUGGAAUACACGAGACAGCUGGAUAAUGUGAUUUUAGCCAAGCCAGAUCAUUAUGUGCCAUGGUGGGUCAGAUAUGUGGCCCAUGCCUUUAAGAACUUCUUUUGAGAAUAAAUCAGAUUUCUGUUCAUUUUGAGUUCUUCUUUAUUGUUUUUGAUCAAUCAGAUAUUUGUAUUGGAGAACACUCUUAUUGAUGUUGAGGAUGCCAUUUUUCAUGACUUCGGGAGGCCUGUUGGUCCGGGAGUUUGUUAAACGGAUAAAACCAGUUCAACGAAAUGGGGCCGUCGUCCCCACAAGGGGUUUAUUCACAACAACCGUCAAAAGAACCCACCGAAGGAGGACUAAGGUAAUGUCAUCGACCAAUCCUUUCAGUCCAGAUGAAUUACGACAGAGAAUUGGCGGAUUCUCGGCUAGAAGGUUGGCGUCGACGAAUGCGGAGGGUACCGAGGAAUGGUAUGAUAUCUUGUACUUGGCCUUACGUUUCUCUCCAGGAUCCCUGUUUAUCGUUACAAAAAGAUCUCAUUGUGCUUUAUGAUUGCCAAAGCUAAGCUAUAUCAGACCAUUCUGAGUGUUGGGUUGAUCCCUUGGCAAACUUACAAGAUGGUAAUGGGUACCUGCACCAUGAAUGAGUACUUCUCCGUCGUUGGUCUGGCUUUUGUCGCUCCUAUUGUGCUGAUCGGAUUCGCGAAUCUCUUCAACAAGAUCAUUGGGGUCGUCUCUUAUAACCCGGAGAAUGACACCUUCCGUUUUGGUUAUCUUUCGUUUUGGGGAACCAGAUUGAACAAGAUUGUAAGGGCUGAUGAAGUCAUCCCUCUUACUGAACAUUACUUUACAUAUGACAACAAGGCAGUACUCAAGCUUACGUUCACUGAGUAAGUUAGUAUACAAAUAUUCCUAAUUCAUUUAGCGGCGACUAUCUGCUGUUAUCAACACGAAAUGCAGAGUUACCGGACGAGAAAUUGGCCAAAUAUUUAUUCAAAGAUUUGAAUUAUUUUCCUGUUGAAGACGGAGAACAUAAAUAA